AUGACCACACGAAGAACAGUCGCGUCGAGCGCGACGAGCGCGGACUACGACGGCAGAGGCGCUCCGGGGCCGUCGAACACGUCGCCUGCCGUGCCGCGCGGCGUCAUCUUCAAGCUCAUGUCGUUUACCUUUGCCAUGAUCACGCUGCCGAUCGGGACCUACUUCUUCACCGCCGCCUACGUGUUCAAGGGAAACGCAACCUACGCCGGCGGGCUGGCGGCGCUGAUGGCCAACGUCGUGCUGAUUGGGUACGUGGUCAUGGCCUUUAUGGACGACCAGCGAGAGCAGGCCGAGGACGCCGAGCGCGAGAAGAAGGGGUUGUAG